AUGUCUUCCUCUUCUUCUCAUAAGACUUUUCUUUACUCUUUGGCAGUGUGUUCUCUUAUAUUUCAAUGCUAUGCUGAUGGUAACCUGACCUCAACACUUGUUGUAGAUGGUUCCAUAGGAUCUGGAAGGCAAAUUCCGGACACAUUUUUUGGAGUAUUCUAUGAGGAGAUCAAUCAUGCUGGUGCUGGCGGAUUGUGGGCAGAGCUUGUGAGUAAUAGAGGAUUUGAAGCUGGAGGCACCAAUGACUCCUCAAAUAUUUAUCCAUGGUCAAUUAUUGGAGACCAAUCUUCGAUACUCGUAUCAACUGAUCGUACCUCUUGCUUUGAACGCAAUAAGAAUGCAUUACGUAUGGAGGUUCUUUGCCAAGGGCGCUUAUCUUGUCCUCCUGGUGGAGUUGGUAUCUCUAAUCCUGGUUAUUGGGGCAUGAAUAUUGAGAAAGGGAAGAAGUAUAAAGUAGUAUUCUACGUCAAAGCACUUGAUGCAAUUGAUCUAAGAGUUUCAUUGGUCGGAUCUGACGAUGGUGUAAAAUUGGCUUCAAGAAAAAUCAGGGCCUUUGGACAUUACGUUUCAGAGUGGAGAAGGAUGGAGACUAUACUGAAAGCAAGGGCUACAAAUCAUAAUUCAAGCCUUCAAAUAACAACAAAGACUAGAGGGGUUGUUUGGUUAGACCAAGUGUCUGCUAUGCCCAUGGACACUUAUAUGGGUCAUGGUUUCCGAAAGGACCUUUUUCAAAUGGUAGCAGAUUUGAAGCCAAGAUUUCUUAGAUUUCCCGGUGGUUGUUUUGUUGAAGGAGAUUAUCUUAAAAACGCAUUUCGGUGGAAAGAAACGGUUGGACCAUGGGAGGAUAGACCGGGACACUUAAAUGAUGUUUGGAAUUAUUGGACUGAUGAUGGAUUGGGUUAUUUUGAGGGCCUCCAAUUAGCUGAGGAUCUUGGUGCAUUACCAAUAUGGGUCUUUAACAAUGGUAUCAGCCAUCACGACCAAAUUAAAACAGCUGACAUUUUACCUUUUGUGCAAGAAGCCCUCGAUGGCAUUGAGUUUGCUAGAGGUUCUCCCACAUCUCAAUGGGGCUCUCUUAGAGCUGCCAUGGGACAUCCUCAACCAUUUGACUUGAGAUAUGUUGCUGUUGGAAAUGAAGAUUGUAGAUUUUCUAAUUAUCAAGGUAUGCACCUGUAUUAUUAUUAUUAUUAUUAUUAUUAUUAUUAUUAUUAUUAUUAUUAUUAUUAUUAUGAUUAUUAUUAUUAUUAUUACAUGUGCCAAAUGGAUUGGCUAAUAUUUUAUAUUUAUACAAAUUCUAAGGACAUGUUUUAUAAGUCUACCAAGUUCGAUAAGGCACCACGAUCCGGUCCAAAGGCGUUUGUUAGUGAGUAUGCUGUUUGGCAUGAAGAUGCUAAAAAAGGAAGCCUUUUGUCUGCUGUGGCUGAAGCUGCAUUCCUUAUUGGACUAGAAAAGAACAG